UUUUGACUUCUGGUUGAUUCUGUAUAGGGUUUUAUCUCUCCCUCAAAUACCCACUCUGUUCCCUCGAUCUUUUUUCUCGCAGGGCACCUUCCGUGCAGAACUUGCACACUCGCAGUCAGCUCUUCACCACCUCACUCACGGAGAUCACCACCCGGGAAGCAGCAAAGCUUCUGUGCCGGAGUUGACCAGCUUAGGUUUUCUUUCAUGGCGGAGGGAAAUUCUCAAUUGAACAACUUGCUAGAAGAAAAUGGAGCCUCAGAGGUUCAAAGUCUUGUAGAAAGAGUUGGUGACCUUUCUCCGUUGUCUCCAAAAGAAGGAGAUGACAGUAAAGAAGUUUCAAAGAAGAAAAAGAAGAAAGCUAGAAGCAAGAAAAAGAAAGAACUGUUAGAACAAACUGAUCCGCCAUCAAUUUCUGUUAUUGACCUAUUUCCAUCUGGAGAUUUCCCUGAAGGUGAAAUUCAGCAAUACAAAGAUGAUAACCUAUGGAGAACUACAUCAGAGGAGAAGAGAGAACUGGAGCGCCUGCAGAAACCAAUAUAUAAUUCAGUUCGUCGAGCAGCAGAAGUUCAUCGUCAGGUUCGCAAAUAUAUGAAAGGCAUUUUAAAGCCUGGAAUGUUAAUGACCGACAUAUGUGAAACAUUGGAGAACACUGUUCGUAAGCUAAUAUCAGAGGAUGGCCUUCAAGCUGGCAUUGCAUUCCCCACAGGAUGCUCUUUAAACUGGGUUGCUGCUCACUGGACCCCAAAUUCGGGAGACAAGACUAUACUUCAGUAUGAUGAUGUGAUGAAACUGGAUUUUGGCACCCAUGUUGAUGGAUAUAUAGUUGAUUGUGCUUUUACUGUGGCAUUCAACCCUAUGUAUGAUCCAUUGCUUGAAGCCUCUCGGGAAGCAACUAAUACGGGUAUUAAGGAAGCUGGAAUCGAUGUGCGCCUUUGUGACAUUGGUGCCGCUAUACAAGAGGUCAUGGAAUCUUAUGAGGUUGAGAUUAACGGAAAGGUGUAUCAAGUAAAGAGUAUACGGAAUUUGAAUGGACAUAGCAUUGGUCGCUACCAAAUCCAUGCUGGAAAAUCUGUUCCCAUUGUGAAAGGCGGGGAGCAGACAAAGAUGGAAGAGGGUGAAUUUUUUGCUAUUGAAACCUUCGCAUCAACGGGAAAAGGAUAUGUACGAGAAGACCUGGAAUGCAGCCACUACAUGAAAAAUUUUGAUGUUGGUCAUAUCCCACUGAGAUUGCCUAGAGCAAAACAACUGCUAGCAACUAUUAACAAGAACUUCUCUACUUUGGCCUUUUGUAGACGGUAUUUAGAUCGCCUGGGGGAGACUAAAUACUUAAUGGCAUUAAAGAACUUGUGUGACUCUGGCAUUGUUCAGUCGUAUCCUCCUCUGUGUGAUGUGAAAGGAAGUUAUGUAUCACAAUUCGAACAUACAAUCUUACUCCGACCAACAUGCAAAGAAGUUAUAUCAAGGGGUGAUGACUACUAAUGUGAAGUUGAAGUUUUUUUAAUGUGAUAUUGUACCAUUAUAUUUCUGAACUGUUUUCGCUGUACCAUCAACACAUCGGUUUUAUAAUUAUAUAUUUCUACAGAGGACGCAGUUAUUUAAUAA